AUGGCUUUUGAAAUGAAUGAAAUAAAUUCUAUCACUAUGUCACUUGACUUUACUAAUAAUAUGUCGUUUGAGUUAACCGAAAAGGAAACAACUGAUAAUAUGUCUUUUGAGUUAACGGAAAGAGAAAUAGCUAAUAAUGUGUCUGUCGAACAAAUGAACUUUGAACCAAAUAACUCUACUUUAAAAACAUUUGAAAUGGCAAGAGAAUGUUAUAAUCGUCUAGCUAAAGAAAGUUAUGCUAAAAAAAUAGCCCACGAAAUCAACUCUCCAGUAAUUGAGAAUUCUGAAAGUACACGUGAACGCAAAAACCAGCUUGAAAGAGAGACAUAUGCACGCCCUAACUAUGCACAACGACUAACAUCUGAAACUACAGAAAGUGCAGAAAACAGAAGAGCAAAGCGUCUAAAAGUAAACCACCAUGCUUCCAAUACAGCCCAUAUGAAACAAUAUGAUAGCACUACUGUUAAUAUAUAUGAUUUGGGUUAUAUAAAUAUUGAGUGCAUAUACUGUAGCACUUUGCACUGGAAAGAUGAAAAGGUUUCUGGAACAUUAAAAAAACCAGUCUUUAGUACAUGUUGUGCAAAGGGUAAGAAUGGUGUAAGUGUACCUGAGGUUCAUGCUGAAUUGGGUGCUGCUGAAGGAAGUCAUACACUAUCAAAACGUACAAUUGAAUGCUGGGUUUCAGCAUUCAAUAACGAAGAUGAAUCCGUUGAAGACAAGCCUUGUCCUGGACGUUCCCACCAAGCAACCACUCAAGAAACGAUUGCCAAAGUUGAAAAUUUGGUAAUUGAGGACCCUCACUCCACUACCAGAGAAUUGUCUGACAUCGUUGGCAUCUCCCAAGCCCAGAUUACUAAUAUACUUACUAAUAAAUUGGGCAUGCGCAAGAAUGGUUAUAGGAAUGUAAUUACUGGUGAUGAAACUUGGAUUCAUUACUUUACCAUAUCUAACAAACAAAAUAAUAAACAAUGGGUUAAAAAAGAAGAAAGCCAACCACAAAUCGUUCGGAUGGCCCGGAAUA